CAGCUUCUCCUAUUCGUAAAGAUCACGCUUGAUGCGCACAAAGCCGCGAUCGCCUCGUAAAGUUGGUUUACGUUGAAAGUAGCUAUCGGCAAAAGGAGUGUGUCGUUUUUCCGCUAUUCCCUCAGCGAAUACAUAAUUCAGAUAACGAUGAUUGAUCUUGUCAUAAUUACAAUUUUCCUAAUAUUUGUGUUCUGCAUUUACGGUUGCAUCAAAUGUUGCUGUUGCAAGAAUGAUCGUGCGGUGAUAGUGACACACACAACAAUAAACAACCCCGAAAAGCCUCGCGAUCAACCGCAAUCUACAACUAUUGUACCGCCACCCGGUGCUUUCAUUCUUCGUCAUCCGACUGGCACUGUGACGUACCCGGUAUACCCAACUCCGUACAUGAUGCAACAGCCACACGAGCAGAACAUGCAGCAGCAGCAGCAGUUCUCGGAUCCAAAGUCGUCGAUGCCACCACCGCAAGCGAACACUCUCCAAUUUCCGGAACUUCCUCCGCAAAUGUACUAUCCGGUUCCGCCCAAUGGUUCUGCAGCGAUGAUGAAUCCACCCAGCUACAACCAAGUGGUGGGUGACACUAAACCAGUACAGGCUCCUUAAAAGGGUUAAACGACAAUGGCCAUACAUACAUAAUCUUAAUGUUAAGGAACAAACGAUGAAACACAAAACAGCGGAAACGCUUUAGGAAAGGAAUGUUUCCUAGUGCCAUCGUAGGCAAGCGUUAGUCGCAUUUGUUACCGCAUCUAUUAGACUGUAUCGCGUAAGUUUAUGUACCAUGUCAAGUCAGUGGUCUAAUGGUGUGGCAAUAUGAGAAAAAUGUACUGAAUUCGUCUAGCAACAAGUGCCCAAGCCGAUCAACUCGUUCGUCGAAAAUCGAGAGUAAUGGGACGCCGUUUAGGGCCGUGGAAACGCCCAUCCUAUACGAUUUUAUAGGAUGCAGCUGUCAAACGCUAUUUCGGUUUAUAUUGCGAUUAUUUGGAUAAUUUUCAUAGUCUAAUCAUUCAUUCUAAAAAAACAAUUUCGUUUGAUAAAAUCGCAUCGGACCAUCUUGCCAACAUCUUUAUCCACACAAGCCACUACAUUAGACCAUUGACAAAUUUUUUGCUCCCAGUAUUUGUCCCUUUAGAUGUUAUUGCAUCGUACUUAUGGAGUAGAAUACUCUUGUAUUUUCUUAUCGAUUUUCGAAUUCCUACAUAUAUUCAACUUUACCGGACUUAACCGAGUUCUAAAUAUAUAUUUUUUUUGCAUUACCUCAUA